AGCUCCCCACACUCUUUCAAUCAAUCCCCUCACUUCUCACGGGCUCCAAUCAUUGCACUUUGUCACGCUCUGGAAGUACGCAGCAAAGACGUCACCUCUGAACGUGGAUCGGAUAGUAGGCCCCCAAUAUCUAUAUAAAACUGCUCAAGGCAGAGAAUAGUUAAAAAGGACAGAGUCGGCGAGAGGAAGGGGGCAGAGGAACUGGGCUGCAGACUUAUCCAGCGGACCCUUCGCCUUUAUGCUCGCCACAAAAGUUAUGGGAAGCCGUGAGUACCCAGCUUCUUUCUCUUUCGCCCCGCAGGGUCUUUGACAGAUGCAGCUUUGCUGGGAUACCCUUUGGGGAUACAGUUAGAAAGUCAUCAGGAUGCUGGCUGCAGCACCUGGAAGUGCUGGCUGCUCCAAGCUAGAGGAGUCGCCACCAACCACCUAGUAAGCCGGGGAGUUUCUCCAGCGGAGCCCAGGGUUGCUGCGCUAAGCAUCCUGAAGCUCUGCUUUCUAGCAAACCUGGGACUCGUGGGGGAGUGAAGUGAGGCGGACACUUUAACUUAGAGGAGACUCCCUUGCUGUGUAGUGGCUUUGUUGGAUUAGCGGAUCCGGUUUUGCUAGGAGAAAAUGAAAGAUCAGCCCGCAAACUUUAGUGUGUUGAAGUGCGGUUCCUUGUGCGGGCAGCGCAGUUUUUCACCCCGGGCAGUAAAUCUAUGGCACCCCAGCAGUUGAUUUUUUACUCUGAAUAACUCCUCUCUGCCAAGUGGCCGGUUUCACCUUCCAGGCGGCAUCCAAGAGGGCAGGGGCAGAGCGCGGGCACCUUUCUCCAAACCCUGAACAGCCCCCAAGCCCCGCGCGCCGCAGUGGGACUUUGCCAGGCGAUGUGAAAUCGAGGGCUGGCCUGUCUUGUUCCUUCCCUCCCGGCAGCCUAGUCCCCCGCUCCCCCAGCCCGCUGCAGAGGUGCUUUGCUGGGUGACAAGCGACAAAGGGCAUCCGGCUGCAGCAGCCGCGGCCGGGAGCCGAAGAUGUUGCUGGCGGGGAUCAGCCUGUUGUCCUGGCUCGAAGCUGCGCUCGCUGCCUUGCUGGCCCUGGGGCUCCUCCUCACCGUGUCCCGGCACUUGUGGACUCUCCGGUGGACUCUGAGCAGGGACCGGGGCAGCGCUCUGCCCCUCCCCAAAGGCUCCAUGGGGUGGCCGUUCUUCGGGGAGACCCUGCACUGGCUUGUCCAGGGCUCCAGCUUCCACAGCUCCCGCCGGGAGAAGUACGGCCACGUGUUCAAGACCCACCUGCUGGGCAAGCCUGUCAUCCGAGUGACCGGGGCCGAGAACAUCCGCAAGAUCCUGCUGGGGGAGCACAGCUUGGUCAGCACCCGGUGGCCCCAGAGCACCCAGAUCAUCCUGGGCUCCAACACCCUGCUCAACUCCAUCGGCGAGCUGCACCGCCAGAGGAGGAAGAUCCUGGCUCGAGUCUUCAGCCGCGCUGCCCUGGAGAGCUACCUCCCCGGGAUCCAGAAGGUCGUGAGCUGGGAGCUGCGGGGCUGGUGCAGGGAGCCUGGCUCCGUCGCGGUUUAUUCCUCCGCUAAAACUUUGACUUUCCGCGUUGCAGCUCGGGUUCUGUUGGGCCUCAGCCUGGAAGAAAAACAGUUUAAGGACCUGGCAAAAACCUUUGAGCAGCUGGUGGAGAACCUGUUCUCCUUGCCCCUGAACAUCCCGUUCAGUGGGCUGCGCAAGGGGAUCAAAGCCCGGGAUCUGUUACAUGAGUACAUGGAGAAAGCCAUAAUGGAAAAACUACAAGGAAAGAACUCGGAAGGUUAUAGUGAUGCUCUGGAUUUCUUAAUAAACAGUGCCAAGGAGCAUGGCAAAGAAUUCACCAUGCAGGAGCUGAAGGAGUCAGCGAUUGAGCUGAUAUUUGCUGCUUUCUUCACCACUGCUAGUGCCAGCACUUCUCUGAUCCUUCUGCUACUGAAACACCCCUCGGCGGUAGAAAAAAUAAGACAGGAACUGGUGUCCCAUGAAUUGCAUAGGCACUGCCAUUGCCUUUCGCCUGCAGUCUCCCAAAAGAACCACCCAUAUAUUGAACCCUGCCAAGAUACAUCGAUGAUCCAGGAGAAAGAGAGGAAGGACAGUGACUCUCAACAGCGUCUCCUCUCCACGCCAGAAGGGACGCCGAAGAAUCAAACUCAGCAACUUGAUCUAAAGGCAGAAGGAGAGGCUGGGGGUGGUUUUAUCCAGCGGCCUCCUCUCCUUAAGGAGCUCACGUUAACCAGAAUGACACAAGAAACAAUUAGUUUGAAUACAAACGAUCAUUAUUCAGACCACAGGCAAGAGGAAGGCCGCCAGCCGCCCAGCAGGUUCGAGGUGCCCACAGGGCCAGUGGUUCCAGAGGCAGAGUGUCAUUGUCAGCCUGAGAUGAACUUGGAUAAACUGAGCCGUCUGCGCUACUUGGACUGUGUGGUUAAGGAGGUCCUUCGCGUGCUGCCGCCCGUUUCUGGAGGCUAUAGGACAGCCCUGCAGACCUUUGAGCUGGAUGGCUACCAGAUCCCCAAGGGCUGGAGCGUGAUGUACAGCAUCCGAGACACCCACGAGACCGCGGCCGUGUACCAGAGCCCCCCCGAGCGCUUCGACCCGGACCGGUUCGGCUCGGCCCGGCAGGAGGGGGCAGGACGCUUCCAUUACAUCCCCUUCGGCGGGGGGCUCAGGAGCUGCAUCGGCCAGGAGCUGGCCAAGGCCAUCCUCAAGCUGCUGGCCAUCGAGCUGGUCAGCACGGCCCGCUGGGAGCUGGCCACCCCCGGCUUCCCCGAGAUGCAGACGGUGCCCAUCGUGCAUCCCGUGGACGGGUUGCAACUCUUCUUCCACCCCCUGCGGCCCGGCGGCACCAGCACCCGCCGCCAGGUGUCCCGGGAAGCUUGA